AUGAGAAUAAACCGGUACCUCCAGCUUUACAACUUUAGUCGAAGAGCCUAUUCGUCUUUGAGUAAUGAGUGUAUUACUGUGUCUCGACGCAAAGACAAAGCCGUCAUUCAAUUUAACCGUCCCGAAAAGCGGAACGCUUUGACGAUUGAAAUGCAAUGUACACUUAAUACGCUGUUACGUGACUUCGAAAAUGAUACGGGUGUGUCUGCGGUGAUAAUAAAGGGAAAUGAAGCGGGCUUCUGCGCUGGCGGUGAUGUCGUUCAAUUCACCCAAAUCAUAAAGUCUGAUAAGAAGUUCUUCUUCGAUUGCGGCAUCGGAUUUUACCGUGGAUUGUUACGGUUAGCUGAAUAUAAGAAGCCUGUGAUUGUACUGGCAGAUAAACUGUGUAUUGGUCAAGGAGCAGCUGUAACAUUCUUAUCGAGCCAUCCAAUUGUCACGGAGCGUACACUUUUCACUAUGCCAGAAGUUUUUGUCGGACUUUAUAACGUUGGAUCAAGUUAUCGCUUGGCGCGACUUCCAAACAACUUUGGCAUGUGGAUCGGUUUAACAGGUACAAGGUUUAUUGGAUCGGAUAUCGUCAAUCUGGGCCUAUCGAAAAAUUAUGUGAAUUCUACAGACCUGGAUAGACUCGAGGAUGAGCUCAUCAAUCUCAAAAAGACGGAUUUCGAAACCGUUUCGCAGACAAUCGCUCAAUUCCAACAGAAAAGUGAUAAAUGGUCGAUCGAACCCGAAAAAGUGAAACAGCUGUUCAAUGGCAGUUCUGUGGAGGAGAUUGUGGAAAAUUUGAAAGAAGAUAGAACGGAGUUCUCGUCGAAAAUCCUGAAAACAUUAUCAAAUGUAUCGCCAACGGCACUUAAACUGGCCUUUCACAUAAUCCGGGAGUUUCAACUGAAACAGUACAGCAAAAAUGAAGCGCUUUCGGCUGACUUUUCGUUGUACAAAAAUUUUUACGGCGACACUGAUAGCAACGAUUUUAGCGAGGGAGUGCGAUCGGCGAUAAUCGAUAAAACGCACAAGCCGAAUUGGAUUCCGAAAACUUUAGAGGAAGUCGACGAUAAGAAAGUGAUAUCGUAUUUUACCACAAAUGUUAUUGAUAUACGGGCGAGUUCUCCGUGA